AUGGCAGCUCAACCACUCGGAGAGCAAGAGGAAACAAUUCUGUUCCAAACAAGUGCCCACACCAUUGAACGUCAGGAAAAGGAAAUCUCUCUAGAACAGAAAGAAGAGACCUACAACAAAGAUUAUCUGUCACCACUGCCACUAGAUGAAGUGGAAGCAAUUAUCAACUACGAAUUCAAGAAUAAGCACUUGUUAGAAGAGGCUUUUACGCACAAAACUUACGGUGCAGACAACAAUUUAUGUUAUAAGCGGUUAGAAUAUGUAGGAGAUGUUGUUCUUAACUUAUUCAUAGUGACAGAACAAUAUUUCUCUUAUCCAAAUUUGGGACCGGGAGUUUUGACUCCAAACAAAUCAAAGAAUGUUGAUACUGAUAAACUCGCACGUGUGGCUAUUAAACAUGAGUUACAUCGGUAUUUGAGACACAAACAACCCUAUCUUGAUGAAGAAAUUCAAAGAUUUAUAGAAAGAGCGGACGAGUAUUACUUACAUUCUAAUGGACAACUUUACGUACCCAAAGCUCUUGCUGAUAUUGUUGAGUCUACCAUCGGUGCUAUUUUUAUUGAUUCUGGUUUAUCCCGUGAAGUUGUGGGGAAGGUUGCUAGAAAAUUACUUGAACCUAUAAUUGAGCCGGAUUCUGUUAAAAAGCAUCCUGUCUCACAACUUAUUGAAGUAUGUCAAGAGAAAAAAUUCAAAUUACAAUUCAUAGAUUUGUGGGAAGAAUCUUCAAGUAUUGAAGUCUUUAUAAAUGAGAAAUUUGUUGGAAGAGGCAUUUAUGGCUCUAAGAAAGCCAUUGCACGUUAUAGAGCGGCGAAAAAUGCUUUGGAUAAUAUUGAUAAGGUGUUGGAUAUAAGCACAUCUACAACAAAAGAUGCUAUUGAAGAUUGA